GUCAGUCAGUCAGGUGGGAGACCGGAAACAGGACGCAGCUGCAGCACCGGUUCUCGGCCGAAGCCCCAGAGCAGCAGACGCGUUUAUUCCUGCGUCCUCUCCGCUCCUCCUCACACCCUCUCCCCUCUGCUCGGUGGGAGCAUGGCUGCGAUCAAGGCUUUGGAGCAGUGGUGCAAGCUGCAGUGUGAAGGCUACCGAGACGUGGCCAUCACCAACAUGACCACCUCGUUCAGGAACGGGAUGGCUUUCUGCGCGCUCAUCCACAAGUACAGACCCGACCUGAUAGACUAUGACUCACUCAGAAAGGAGGAUGUGUUUGAGAACAACAGACUGGCCUUUCAGGUUGCAGAGGAUAAGUUGGGUAUUCCAGCCCUGUUGGAUGCAGAAGACAUGGUGGCUUUAAGGAUCCCUGACAGGCUGAGCAUUCUAACGUACGUGUCUCAGUAUCACAACUACUUCAAAGGACGACCUCCAAUGGGAGGUGUGAAAAGGCCAGCAGAGGGCUCCAAGGAGGAGCCAUCAGAGAAGAAAACUCACCCAGUGGUUUCCAGGUUUGUGUCUAAAACUGGCAUUGAGAACUGUUCAUCCUCCUCCCGAUCGACUCGUCUCCCAUCCAGCCUGGAUAGACCUGCUGCUGAGAAGGCGGUUUUGACUGACAAUCCAAACAAAGGCGGGACUCUUAACAGCAAAUGUGUUGCAUGUAAGAGCCACGUCCACCUGGUUCAGAGGCACUUUGUGGAAGGAAAGCUUUAUCACAGAAGCUGCUUCAAGUGCAGCGAAUGCUCCAGCUUUCUUCAUGCAGGAGGCUACAGGUCUGGGAAGAACCCCGACACGUUUGUCUGCAGCUCCCACCAGAGCAGUUCUCCACCCUCUAGUGCAGAGGUCACAACCGGAGUCCCUCUUUCAUCUAGUGCCACGCUGACCCAGCCAGUGCCCCGUUUCUCCUCAGUGCUGUCAGCUCCAGUUGAUGUUGUCCUGAAGCCAGCGAGUCCCACGCCACAGUCCCAGUCCUGGACGGUCUCCGCCCAGAGGACCCAGGCAGCAAGGCAGAAGUUUUUCCAGGCUCUGCCACAAGUAACUGAAACCUCAGCAGGAAUCCCAAAGCCCAUAGAGCAGUUGGAAAAACCAAAAGUACAUCUGAGUUCUGCUGAUGAGAACAGAACCAGAUUGAUGAUCGGGAAGAAGUUGGCGGAGGCAAACGGCAACAAUAACAACAGCAAAAAGCCGUUUACCAUCCGACCUGCAGAGAGGCGGUUUUGUGCUAACCAAGUUUCAGAUGACUUUCCUGGUUUGAGGAAGGAGACAUGCAGCCAAGGCCCAACACGAAGAUGGGAAGGACCGACCAGCAGCCGCCAAGCUAACGAUACAAAGUCACAGCGACAGACCACCUUCAACAUGGACCGCACGAGGCCAGCAGCUGUACACAAACUCACCAAAGACCCAGUCUACCCGGAUUGGCAGACAAAGCUCCGAUCUAUGAAAACCGAUCAAAGACUAAAAGAUCCUGAGCUUGAGGUCUUCACUGAACAUCACACGCCUAGCUUCACGUCCACAGCUUCCUGUGCCGUCCCUAUUAGUGCAGCAAGGUCUGCCCCAGUUCCAACACCUGCUUUACCCGGAGCGGGCUUUGCUCCGUUUGAUCCUGUGUGCUUAAGGGAAGUCGAUCCUCAGAAACCCCUGCCUGCCCCUGAAAGCUGUGAUUUUAAACACAAGUCACCUGUCAAGUCUCCUCUCAGACCGUCUGUAAAAUCCAUCGACUCUUCAACAGCUGCUUUAGACGAUCCUGCAAGUCCAGCAGCUGCUAAAAAGGGAAAGUAUUUGUCUCCCAACACCUUCAGGACUGAAAUGAGGUCACCCUCGGUGAAGUCUCCUAUUCCAGCGGAGCAGAUUGAGAAGGAGCUGGAUGAUAUUGAGAAGAACCUGGCUCGGUUGGAGAAGGAGGGGGUCGAACUGGAAAAGAAACUCCGCAGCUGUGAGGAAGAGGAAGAUGGCGACAUAUUGAUGGAUCCACUGAUGGUCGACUGGUUUAACCUGAUUCGACAAAAGCAGAUGUAUGUCAGGAAGGAAUCGGAGCUCGUUUACGUAGCCAGGACCCAGGAGCUGGAGCAGCAGCAGCCAGGAGUGGAGGGAGAACUUCGCAGGCUGUUGGAGAAGCCAGAGCAUCUAAAGAGCCGAGAAGAGCAGCAGCAGGAGAAGCAGCUGAUGAGGCGACUGGUGGAGAUCGUCAACGGCAGGAAUGCCAUCGUGGAGGUUCUUGAUGAGGACAGGCUAAGGGAAGGGGAAGAAGACCUGCAGUUGAAUAAAAUGAUGCGAGAUCUUGGAGUGAAGCAAAGCAAAACUAAGAGGAAAUCUUCCAUUUCAAAAAUGUUCAGACGAAGAAGUAAAAGACGAGUUGAAUGAUGCUCACGGGAUCUUUCUUUUGCUAAAAUGUUCCUUUUUUUUAAUAGUAUUUAAAAAAAUGUAAUAGUUUUAUAGUCCACAGCUGAAGCACCUGUUAAUAAAGAAAAGCAGGCGUUUUCUGUUUUAUUGCCACAUAGUUCUCUCCACUUUCAUCGUUUCACUGCUGAGUCAUUUUAAUGUUGUAAACAGUCACACCACUUAGCCAUAAAACCACCGAUGCUCAAGGAGACACUUGUGCAGACCUAUAGUGCAGACCUGUAGUGCAGACCUGUAGUGUAAAGGCAUGUUUAUGAAACUAUUGCACUUUUUAGCAACAAAAUAAAUUGGUUCCAUUGAUGUGAAACGCAAACCAACACUGAUGUCAUGCAGUGAAAUGGGAAAUGAGGGGUGUUUGGUCAUACAUAUAUUUUUGUAUUUAUUUUAAAUAGAUUUUAGGGUUUGCGGUGAGGUCUGAGCGGCGGUGCUGUGGAACACGGAGCUCUUGCUCCUCUCCCUCCCUGUACUGUAGGUGGCAGCCUGGGUAUGCUCUAUCUCACAAGGCAGGCACUUGGAAAUCCAACUUGCCACAAUGCAGACAGUUAAUUUCUUUGCUAAUUUUAUAAAUGCUGCAAAAAAUGUUCAGCUGUGCUGAUGCAAUAAUGUUGUGUGAAAGAGGAUUAGUUGGAGCUGGAGCUUAUAGCUGAGGAAAGCUUACAAACUAUAGGUUGUAUGAAGCAUUUUAUCUUCAAACCUGGUUUAAUUAACAUUACUCUUUACAAAUAUGUGCAUCAGAAGGGCGCCGCACCUGAGUUAUUAAAAUGCUCCAACAUGUGGAGUCACUUGUCUAUUAAAAAGUCCCUGUUCUGUUUGUGUUUUUGUUAUUUAGAAGUUUUAUUGAAGGUUAUGUGCUCAUUUUCUAUAAAACUUUAAAUUGUUCAACUCUUAAGAUAAUUAUGUAUGAAUGUUCAAUUUAUUCAAUAAAAAAUCCAUUUUGCAA